AACAAAAAUGAAGUUCACCCUUACUCGCUGGUGCUUCGUACUGUUCAUCUUUCUAAAUCACCCAACCCCGGUUCUUCCUACCUCUUCAAAUAACACCUAUUCUCCAGCACUAGAGUCCGAGCCAUUCCUGUACGUCAUAGGACGAAGGAAAAUGAUGGAUGCAGAGAACAAAUGCUACCGCCGAAUGCAACAGUUACCCCCAUUCCAAGGAGAAGGUCCAUACUGCAACCGCACCUGGGAUGGAUGGCUGUGCUGGGAUGACACACCGGCUGGAGUAGUCACCCAGCAGCACUGCCCAGAUUAUUUUCCCGACUUUGAUCCAACAGAAAAGGCUACAAGAUACUGUGAUGAAAAUGGGGAUUGGUAUAAACAUCCGGAGUACAAUAAAACCUGGUCUAACUAUAGUAUGUGCAACGCUUUCACUCCUGAGAAACUGAAGAAUGCAUAUGUUCUGUACUACUUGGCUAUUGUGGGCCAUUCUGUUUCGAUUGCCACCUUGGUGAUUUCACUGGGGAUUUUCAUGUAUUUCAAAAGCCUUGGCUGCCAAAGGGUAACUCUGCAUAAGCACAUGUUUCUGACUUAUAUUCUGAAUUCUAUGAUUAUCAUCAUCCACCUGGUUGAAGUGGUACCCAAUGGAGAGCUUGUGAGACAGGAUCCGGUGAGCUGCAAGAUUUUGCAUUUUUUUCACCAGUACAUGAUGGCGUGCAAUUACUUCUGGAUGCUCUGUGAAGGGAUCUAUCUUCACACACUCAUCGUGGUGGCUGUGUUCGCUGAGAAACAACACAUGCGGUGGUAUUAUCUCCUGGGCUGGGGGUUCCCAUUGGUGCCAACCACUAUCCAUGCUGUUACUAGGGCGCUGUACUUCAACGACAACUGCUGGCUGAGUGUGGAAACCUAUUUGCUUUACAUCAUCCACGGCCCUGUCAUGGCAGCAUUAGUGGUCAACUUCUUCUUUCUACUCAACAUCGUCCGUGUGCUCGUGAAGAAAAUGAGGGAAACCCAGGAGGUCGAUUCGCACAUGUACCUGAAGGCAGUGAGGGCCACUCUGAUCCUGGUGCCCCUGCUGGGAAUCCAGUUUGUCGUCUUUCCCUGGAGACCAUCCAACAAGGUGCUUGGGAAAAUCUAUGACUACCUGAUGCACUCUCUGAUUCAUUUCCAGGGAUUUUUUGUUGCAGUGAUUUACUGCUUCUACAACAGCGAGGUCCAAACCGCUGUGAAGCGUCAAUGGAUCCAAUUUAAAAUCCAAUGGGACCAGCGCCGGGGGGGCCGCAACCACAGGCGCCCCCAUUUCCACGCUGCAGCUGCAGCUGCAGCCGCCGCGGAGGCUGAGGCUGGCGAUAUCCCUGUCUACAUCUGCCAUCAGGAGCCGAGGAACAACGAACCCGCCAUCAACCUGGGCGAGGAGGGUGCUGAAGACAUCCCUAUGGAAAUCAUUGAGCAGGAGUCAUGCGCUUAAAUGUGAAACAAAUAUAGCAUUGUGAUUACUGAGCCUUCAUGCCCUGGGAGAAAGACCAACCAUGCGUUUAAAGUGAUCCCCAUCCUCCCAGGAGCCAAAUAUCAUUUGUGAAGAAUUAUUAAGUGAUUUUUUCCAUAGUGAAUCUGAAGAAAGUUCUUCUUGGUACUAUUGCUAUGGGAGACAGUCUAAGGAAUGGAAUCUCCCAAUGCAAC